CUACUGCCACCAAGCGGAUUGGAUGAGCGGCUGCAUGCGGAAGUAGUUUUUUCUGUUAGCCUGUUCUGCCAGCUAGCUAUGAUCUAUGGCUGUGUUCUCGCUUCGCUCCUUGAGGAAAUCGUGUUUACUAUUGGGACGUACUUUGCAGUGACAGAAACCCAUCGGUAGCUGCAAAUUUUGUCUGUGCUGCUUGUGGUAGCAAUGGACCAGCACGAAUAUCACCACCCCAACUCCAGCUACCACAGAAAACGCCAGUCAUCCUAUCAAAGAGAAGGGGGCGCCAGUGGAAGAAGUCACUAUGAGAGCAGACACCUCAGACCAAACCAUCACCGCCAGCACCAGUCUGGGCCAAACCCAACUGGCUCUCGGGGUUUGAGCACCAGGAGAGAACUGUAUGAAAGAGACUUUCCUGUGUACAAACAGCCGGUGGAGAUAGGAAGCUUCUCUCUUGACUCAGAGCGUAGAUUCUUUAAUGACGCCAGGAAGUUGAGAUAUUAUGUGGAACCAGACAAAACGCCUAAUUUUGACCUAAAGGAUGGGUACAGGGAUCGUUUCAGAAAGAGAGAUGAUGGCGUGAAGGAGAAACUGGACCACAUCCUGCGGUGGAUUUUGGCCAAUAGGUCAAAGCUCAACUCCAAGCCGACCACGACCAAAUCAUGUGCUUUAGAUGUGGAUUUUGUGACAUGGCGUGGUCACCUGACCAAGCUUCUGACCACCCCCUAUGAAGCACGAGAGGGCUGGUUACUGGCGGUCACACUGUUCAGAGGCACGCUUUACAUCAGUGAAGUGGAAACAGAGGCUGCUCUGCGGGAACGAGAGAACCGCACUCAGAGGCAUGAAGAGAUGAUGUACUGGGGAUACAAGUUUGAGCAGUACGCAUGUGCAGAUGACAUCCACAGUUCACCUGACCCGGGCGGGGUGGUGAACACUAACGAGGCUUUCUGCACCGUGGUGCAAACUCGACUCGCAGAACACAGACUUCUGUUCUCAGGGGAAGUGGACUGCCGGGAUAAGGAUCCAAAUGCUCCGGGUCCUCCUGCGUGCUACAUCGAGCUGAAGACCUCUGCAGAGAUCUGCACUCCAAAACAGCGCAGUAACUUCCACAGGUUCAAAUUGCUCAAGUGGUGGGCUCAGUCUUUUCUCCCUGGAGUGCCUCGGGUCGUGGCGGGCUUCAGGGAUCAUGAAGGAGUGGUUGUCGGCGUGGAAACGUUUCCUAUCUCGAAGAUUUCCCAUCUCAUCAAGAAUGAACACAACUGCUGGAAGCCAACAGUGUGUAUGAACUUCUGCUGUGACUUUCUAUCUUUUGUGAAGCAAACAGUGACUGAAGACAAUCCAAGGGUGGUGUACCUGUUCUGCUACGAGCCCCACGGUGAUGUGACCUACUCCCUCCACAGAGACUCCCAGUAUUCCUUCCUGCCUCACUGGUAUGUGGAGGAGAUGACAAGAAGUCACGACUCACUCCAUUAGUCCUGAUUUACAACUAAGACAAGUUCAACUGGGACUGUUAAUCUGACCUCCACUGGAGGACUUUUUUUUAAUCAAACUACAUCACGACUUGUUGUGAAUGUAAUGUCACUGAUCCUUACUUUGGUGGUCUGGUGGCAUUUUUGUGUCUUUUAAUUGUGUGUGAGAAAAAAACAACCUUUUUUUUACUUGGCAUGUAGUGAUUUUAAAUAAAACACUAAUGACA